AUGAAUUUUAGCUUGACUUGGGUGCAUCGGAAAAAGGUGCGCGCUCAAUUCGAGGUACACCCUCUCAAAAACAAUGGCAAUGAAAAGUAUUUGGAGGAAGUGAUGAAGUGCAGUUCAGCGGCCAUGGAUAUGCUAAACAUCCUCCAUGGUGAAGCUGAAGAUGUGAGGAACGCACAUACAUGUGCUGUCUACCCUCGUGGUGUGCCCUUCUGGCAACACUAUCCGGACGCAGAUAACGAAUGUUUCUCCAUCACACUUACGACUGACCCCCUGGUUCAGAACAUCCCUGACCCAUCACAUUCUUCUGUGCUGCGUCUCAAACAUGGUGACAUUGGCAAGGGGGACUCCAUGUACAGCCCUUGUAAGCAGCCAUCGCACAUCUCUUACCACUCAAAACUUAUAAAUUCUAAAUUGCUUCAGCCAAAGUUAGAGCAGCUGCUAAAGCCGGAGGGCCUCCUGGAGGUGGAAGUAACUCACCUUCCACAACAACUAAUGGGGACCACAAGCUCUCAGACUUGCUUGAAGGUUCUCCCAGUCGCAUUUAUCACCGCAAGCACUAUGGUGAAUGGUCUUCCAGACAAAAAAGGCAAACAAAAGGCAAUGGAUGAAGGAGACAACGCCCAUUCAGCGAAAAAAGUGUGCGAUGGAGAACAGACCGAUGAUGCUGAGGGGACCAAAGGCAGGGAUCGCUUCAUGGAUGCCUACGCGAUGCAAAUCUCCAGAGACUCAUCCACCACAAUGUUCAAUUUGGCGCCAAAGAGCACUAUUUUAUCUAAUGUACAAUAA